GAACCCAAAAGCAAAGACAAAGACCACAGCAGUCACAUCUGAGCAACUGAAAGCAGAACUUGAAGCAACAAGUGAGUGUAGCAGACUCCAUUUUCUGCGUUUAAACAGCCUUUAUUUUUUAUCAGAAAUGUCUGGAUCUGCCAUGUUCGUGGGCCUGUUUUUCCUCCUGUCUGUUUGUUCGGCGUGUUAUAUCUCCAACUGCCCAAUCGGUGGAAAGAGGUCAAUCAUGGAUGCACCCCUUCGCAAGUGCAUGUCCUGUGGCCCUGGGGACAGAGGCCGCUGCUUCGGCCCCAGCAUCUGCUGCGGGGAGGGUCUCGGCUGCCUGAUGGGUUCACCUGAGUCGGCUCACUGCAUAGAGGAGAACUAUCUGCUCACUCCCUGUCAGGCAGGAGGUCGACCCUGUGGUUCAGAGGGAGGACGCUGUGCUGCUUCUGGACUCUGCUGUGAUGCAGAGAGCUGCACUGCAGAUCAGAUGUGCCUCCCUGAGGAUGACGGAGACAACCAAACAAGCCAGUAUGAAGGUGGUGACCCCGGAGACAUCAUCCUCAGGCUCCUGCAUCUGGCCAGCCACUCUUCUCACCGAUCGCACCAAUGAGCACCUCUGUCCUUGAAGGUUUCUCCGCAAGGACAAAAACAAUGGGACUUGUAGUUCCUGC